AUGGCGGCCCCCGCAGCGGCCAGGCGGGUACGGAGGUUUUGGGGCCCUCGCGGCGGCCCCUCCUCGCUCCGGGCCUUUGCCACCAUCAUCCCAAGGGUCUCCCAGGUGGACAAUUCCUCCGACUUUCUGGGCAAUGUCCCCCACCGCCGGCACCCAGGGGUGCUGCAUCUCAGGAGUGUCCGGCUCCCGGCCGAACUGGUGAAGGCUGCCCAGCUGCUGGUGGAGCAGUCCACCGUGCAUGGGUUGAAGGACCAGGUGGUGGCCCUGACCAACUACCUCUGGAGCCGGAAGCGUCCCCUGGAGGCCAGCGAGCUGCAGAGGAGAGGGCAGCAACUGGAGCAGCAGCUGAGGGAGAAAGUCCAGCUCCCCACAGCAGACUCAUCCAGCCCGCUGACUGACGCUGAGGAGGAGAAGCUGCAGAAAAGGGUGCUAAACCGGCUUCGAAAAACCACCUAUCACUGGGAGGCACUGAGGUAUACAGACGAGCUGAGUCUUGUGUACAUGGCAGCUCGGCUGGAUGGGGGGUUUGCGGCUGUGUCCAGAGCCUUCCAUGAGAUCCAGAAGCGGGUUCCGGACUUUGCCCCUCGCACCCUGCUGGAUUUCGGCUCUGGGACGGGCUCCGUCAGCUGGGCAGCGCAUGGUGCCUGGGGCCAGACCCUGCGUGAGUACCUGUGUGUCGACAGCUCCGCCCCCAUGCUGGCCCUCGCCGAGCGGCUGCUGCAAGGUGGCUCUGAGUCCCCGCAGGCCCCACUCUUCCCAGGCGUCUAUUUCCGGCAGUUCCUCCCCGUCUCGCCCAAGGUGAAGUUUGACCUGGUGGUCUCAGCCUUCUCCCUGAAUGAGCUGCCCAGCCUGGCUGAGCGCAGGGAGACCAUAGAGACGCUGUGGCGGAAAACAGACGGCUUCCUGGUGCUGGUGGAGAACGGGACCAAAGAGGGUCACCAGAUGCUCAUGGAGGCGCGAGAGAUCGUCCUGGGGGGGGGAGACAAGGUGGUGCAUGACCCACGGGAGGCUCACGUCUUCGCCCCAUGCCCGCACCACCUGCCCUGCCCACGGCUGAACCCCAAGCAGCCCCUGCCCUGCAAUUACCUCCAGGCCUACCAACCCCUCCCCUUCCGCUGGAACCCAGAGCUGAAGGAGGAGUUGUUCUCCUUCCUGAUCCUGUGCCGGGGACCGGGGGCAAGCGAGGAGCCCUGGCCCCGCAUCACCCAGGCUGUCCUGGGCCGUGCCCGGCAUGUCCACUGCCACCUGUGCUGUGCUGACGGGAGCCUGCAGCACGCCGUGAUCACCGCGCGCCGGCACGGCAGGGAUCUGUAUCACUGUGCCCGGCUGAGCCACUGGGGGGAUCGGCUGCCCGUGACGAUGCCCCCUGGGGAGGCCGUUCCGGGGGAGUAACCCUCCAGCCCAUCCCAGGGGGCAGAUGCUGAGCCCCCGAGGUCCCGCUGCGAUCCGUCGCCCGACCCUCCUGGGCACUGAUGUGUGGAUGGCAGAAGGAAGCGCCCUAGUGGAUUGGCAGUGGUGUGUGUGUGUGGAGUCUUCUGAUGGCCCCCGUCGCCUGCAGCACUGCAGAUGCUGUUCCCAAUGAGCAUUGGGGAGCCAACAGGACUCCUGGGUUCCCUUCUGCAGCUGGUGGCUCCUCGGCACUCAGGUUGGGUCCAAUAAAGAGAGUCUGAAACAGUC